CCCGAUUGGAUCACGCUCCGAACCACAAAUCGCAAUGUCGCGACGACGUCGUCCCUGCUCUCGAGAGCCAAUCAAAGGGGAGUUACAAUCAAGGGAAGGGAAUCGUAGGAAGGGAAUCACGCUGACGCGCACGCAGCCGGCAGGCCCGCGUCGCCGGCCUGGCACUCCUGGCCCGUCCACUGGUAGUGUCUGUUGUAGGAGCACCCCCGGUUUAUGCACGGCUGCUCGACGCCACAGAGGACCUUGCCUUCGGCCGCGCACACGUUCGUGGCCUCGUACCAGUCCUUCGGCGCGAAGUCAGAUAGAGGUCGACGUCGUGGGGGAAGGCCCUCGCGGCGUCUCCGUCAAGCGCGAGGAGGAGCAUCUCGAGCGUCGACCAGAGGAUGGCGCCGCCGUUGCAGGGCGUCGGCGCGCAGUCCGCCCGCUCUAGUAGCGCCGCGGCCUGGGAAGCCGCCGCGGCGAAGUCGGCUUUGCUCAGCUCAUCCUUCACUAACAGCUUCACGACCGCCGAGAGGCGCGCGGCCGCCUCGAGGCGGUCCCGCAUGUCCCGCUCGGGGUCCGGGUCGGCGCAGACGCCAUGAGCCGCGGCGACGGCUUCCGAGGCCGCGGCGACGGGCCCCGGCUCGUCCGCCGCGUCGCAGGACCGCGGGCCCCAGACCGCGUCGGCCUUGGGCGCGCCGGGCGUCGGCGCCGUGCAGAGGUCGCACAGACCGAGCGUGCCGCCGCGCCACUCGAAGCUCUCGCAGCCGGGCAUGGAGAGGCACGCGACCUGGCAGGCCUCGGGCGACGACUGCCAAUCAACAUAACCCGCGUCCGCGCAGCCGCCGGUGUCCGCGCGGAAGCACGCGUCGCCAUGCGCGGCGAGCGCGAGGGCGAGGAGCGCCGCGCGCGUCGUCAUUGGUCUUGGUUUUGGUUUUGGUCUGCGUGAGAGACGGUUUCGCGCGCGAGGUUGUGGCGCGGACGCCGCGGCGGCACUUUGGUGGUGGCGGUGGUGCGGAUGAGAGCUCAAAAGGAGCCCGGACCGAUUAGGUGUGCCUGCGCGCGAGAACGUCGUGCGGCCGGCUUGUGUGUUGUGCGCGUUUUCGGCCGCCGUCGUUCGCACGGCCUCGCGUGCCGGCGCGCCGCAAACCGCGCGCGGCUUGGUGGCGCCGCCGGCGCCCGUUGCGUGCCACGAGCUUCGGUUGCUGGCAUGUUCCAGGGUGAAUUUAACGUCUUCGAGCGCGCGGCGGAUUUUCUCGGCGAGUGGGCGUUGUAUGUGAUCGGCGCAGAUUUUUUAAGGGGGUCUGGGACGCGGGAUUUACUUUUGUGAGCGUUGGGUGCGUUUGUCGGCGGCCAAGUUUGUCGGCCUGGGUUUGGCCACAAGCUAGCGGUCGUGAGACACUAGCAGCUUGACAAAUUACUACUAAACCUCCGGGCUCGACACAUAGACGUCCCCCCGCGGGCGCCUCGGCCUACCGCCCUGGCCAGAUUUCUGGGCGGCGCUCACCGCGGCCGGAGCGAGACUAGAGAGCGAGACUCGAGCGAGACGAGUCUGCGAAGCCUCGCUUCUGGAGGACUAGGCUGGAUAUGUAUAUUUACACGGG